CCCGCGGACUUGGAGGCGCUGCGCCGCCCGAACGGGGUGCGCCUCUCCUCGGCGUCCCUCCGGCCCUCCCCGCUUUGGGGCCACCGAGGCGCCUUCCCCACGACUGUGAUCUUUGAAAGAGCAAACGAAAGCGACUCAGGUUUCGGGGCGCCAGGUCCCGGAGAGCGCGGCCGCCGAGCCGCAAGCCCUCAGCAGGCUUCCGCGCCCCGUCCUGGUGGCCCCGGCGGCUGCCCGAGGCGGGCGCCAGCCCCGGCGGGACUGUGGUGGGGCGGACCAGGAAGCUGGCCGGGGCCGCGGAGGCGGCGGGGGAGCUCACCGCAAAGCUGGAGGCUGGAGGCGGGAAGCUGCGUCCGCGGGCGCGCGAGGAGCCGAGGCAGCGAGCGAGAGCUGUGCGGCGGCGGUGGACGCUGCUGGAGGCGCCUGUCUUGGAGAAGCCCCUGGCCGGUGCUUGGAGAUGAGCCCUUCCAGCCUCUGCCUGGACCUAGGAGGGUCCCUGAGCGCCCCUCCCUAGCCCACCGCAGGUCACCGGCCCCUGAGGUGCAGACUGAACACUGGGCUCCAGGAGGGAGUCCGGCUCAGCGUCAGCCCCGGCUGGAAGCGAGGGACCCGGAGACCCAGCCGCAACCACCAGGACCCAACGAGACGGCACAAGCCACCCACGCACAAGGCAGCACAAGGCACUGAUCCGUAAAUCAAAAGCCGA